UCAACACUACUUACUCACUAGCUAUAGUUACUGGUAAGAGAGAGAAGUAGAGAGAUCACCAUGGCAUCCCCUAUAAAAGUACAGCCGCAGCCACCAGACACCGCCGUCCAACACACAUCCAUCUCCCUCCUCCCACAAACCCUCAUCGACGCAAUGCGAUCCAACGUCACCGUCAACUUCAUUGCAGGCGGCAUGGCAGGCUGUGUCUCACGCACAGUCGUCUCGCCCCUCGAACGCAUGAAGAUCCUCUUCCAAAUCCAAUCACCAGGGUCACAAGCCUACAAUGGCGUAUGGCCAACCCUCGUCAAGAUGUGGAAGGAAGAAGGUUGGCGGGGGUAUAUGCGCGGCAAUGGCAGUAAUUGUCUGCGCAUCUUCCCCUACAGCGCCAUUCAAUUCGCCUCCUACAACCUCUACAAGCCCUUCUUCCUCUCUCAAGGCGACGCGGAAUUGUCCGUCGUGAUGAAGUUGGUGGCAGGUGGACUUGCCGGUAUCACUUCAGUCGCCUUCACCUACCCACUCGACAUCACCCGCACCCGUCUCUCCAUCCAAUGCGCAGACUUUGCAAACCUCCCAAAACACAAGCAACAAGCCUUACCCGGCAUGUGGGGUGUCAUGAAACAAAUAUACAAUCUCGAAGGCGGGAUGCGUGGACUCUAUCGCGGCAUCAUGCCCACCAUCUACGGCGUCGCACCUUAUGUCGGUAUCAACUUUGCAGUUUAUGAAAGUGUCCGUAAACACUUUGUCACACUAGAAGGCGGAGAACCCACCGCAUUGCAGAAACUUGCAAGUGGUGCUAUUUCCGGUGGUGUUGCACAAUUCAUGACAUAUCCAUUUGAUGUGCUACGGAGACGCUUCCAAGUCAAUAUGGUGAUGGGGAAUGGGUAUACCAGUGUUUGGCAUGCUUGCCGCACCAUUGCAGCGAAAGAGGGACUCAAAGGUUUCUACAAGGGCAUUGCUGCCAACUUGCUCAAAGUGGUCCCUUCCAUGAGUUCUUCCUUCCUCACAUUUGAGAUGACCCGGAGUUAUCUUCUCAAAUUGUAAUGAUCCGCAUGGCUUGUACGACAUUGUUUAUUUUCUUGAUAGCAUUAGAGCGAGGCAUGGCAUUGUAAUGAUAUUUCAACUAAACUCCC